GUGUACGAUAGUAUUAAUAGCCUAAAAGCCAAUUUUCAUUUGUAACAGCCGUGUCCUGAAAAAGUUAGCGUGAAAAUUGAAUCUAGGGUUUGCCGUGUCGAGAAUCAUCAAGCUAACAAUCAACAAUGGCGUUGAGGAGAUUCUACAAUGAAAUCAAGGGGAAGAAGGUGACCGAGAUCCCUGGACACGUGAAACCCAUGUUUUCCCUCGGUUACCUCAAGAAUUCCGUCAAGAGGGGUUUGGACAAUUACAGCGAAAAGUACAUCGAGACGGAUUCAAUUCAGCCUUUGCUCCAUGUCCUUUACGGUGGUAUGAUCUUCUCUUACCUCGUUGCUCUUCCUAACGAGCGUCGCCAUCUCGCUCACAAAGAGCAUGCCGAAUCUCAUCACUGAUUCUGAUUCAGGAUCCUGGAUGUUGAUUUGGAGAUGUUUGGUUUGCCAUUUUGUUAUUGUUUAAAAUUCGAAAAAUGAAGGCAGAAAAAUAUUGACGAUAAAAUAAGUUAUAUUUGAUAUAACAUUCAAAUUUCUUGUAUUUUAAUUGUUGUUAAAUGUGUGCAAAACAUACUUGUUCACUUGGUUCUA